AUGGCACUCCAAGUCCCCGACAACACGCCCGACCGUGGGCAGGGCGUUGUGCCCCUAUCAAUCACUCUAAUUGUCCUCACAACGUUUUUCACUUUCUUCCGGGUCCUCAGCAAGUUUCUAGCCCACCAGGCCUGGUGGUGGGAUGACCUCUUUGCCCUUAUCGCACUGCCGCUGCAACUAGUUACCCUCUCUCUCAGCUUCGUGUGGCGAAACAUUGGUCUCGGCUACCACGAGGACGCUGUGGCCACUCUCAAUCCCGAGUACAUCACCGCCGGUGUCCGGUACCUCUAUAUAUCGACCUUCCUCUUCGGUGGCUCCAUCUGCGCGCCAAAAAUCUCGGCCGUGUUUUUCUACGCCCGGGUUUUUCGUUCCACCAACCGCUCAUUCCGUAUCCACCUCUGGAUUGUGGGUGGGCUUACAUCGGGCUGGCUGCUAGCAGGCUGGAUCGCGGCCAUUCUCGAAUGUCGCCCUGUCGCCAAGGUCUGGAACCCUACUCUACCGGGCACAUGUAUCGCCCUGUACCCAUGGUACCUGUCAACCGCCAUCCUUUCGUCUAUGAUUGACCUCUACAUUUUGUUCCUCCCCAUUCCCAUGAUCUGGGGCCUACAGGCCAGUGUGAGGCGCCGCAUCUACCUGUUAGCUGCGUUUAUGCUGGCUUACUCAGUCAUCGUGGUGUCCCUUGGCCGGCUGGCCGCUGUUGUCCAUGUCCUGCCCUCCAUGAGCAAAGACAUUACCUGGAAAUUCAUGGGGUAUUUCUACUGGACUACACUUGAGGGGUCGAUUUCCAUCAUUUCCAUCAACGUCCCCAGCUGCAUCGCUCUGGUACAAGCCCUGCGACAGCGCCGGCGGACAUCAGUGGGAACUAAACCGACCAGUCUUCCGACCCCGAGUUCUGGGGUACGUAAAGCCGCCAGCUUUCGGGUCAUGUCAUGGCAAAGGGAACCCACUACUCGUGGGAGUGUCGACGGUCUGGUUUCAGAUACGCAGGCCUGCGAGACGGAAUAUGAGUUCCGGCAGGACAUGGACAUUUCACUUGGCGAGAUCCUUAUCCAAACCGACAUCCGGGUCAGCAGUAACAUGUAACGACGGAGGGUAACUUGGUGGCGAGUUUAUUGUAUGAUUCUGCACCAUCUGGCAGUUACAGCUGCGGGCAUGUCACUGUAAACUCCUCCG